AUGUCUGCUCCCAACGAUCAGCGCCGCAGGCAACAGGCAUCAACGCCCGUCGAUCCGCGUAGACGCGUCGCCGAGGCUCCACGCUCGAACCCGACUCCGAGAUCCCAGCCCACUACUUCCGGUAACGGUUCGACUUCGUCGAGCCGCCCGGCGCCCUCUGCACCUCCUGCCGCCCGACCGCCCCCGGCCUCAUACGAUGAUGAUGGUCCCGCUCCCCCGGAAGAACCUAUUGACGACUACGACCGCGCCGAGGAUACGCGCGACGACGAGAUCGCACAGCACUGGGAACAGUGGUACCAGCGCAUUGAAGAGGAGUAUACCUACCCCGUUAUCAUCGACCAAGAGGUCGGCCCCGACAUUUUCCGCCUCCUCGGCAGCGAGCCGCCGCUGUUCAACGUGCAGCGCAAGGCCAGACUCGGCCAGGGAUUCGGCGGCGAGAUGGGCUCCGUGAAGGUCGCCCUCCUUGACGGCGACAGCCUGGACGACGUCAAGGAUGCCUUCCGCGGCAAGAAAGCGACCGUGAUCAUCAAUGGCACCGAGCGGUCGGCCUUUGCCCCAACCAGGAUGCGCAGCUCCGCUGCCGCUGAGUUGGAGAACGCCCCCCCCCCCGUCCAACCGCCCCCACCGCUCAAUUGCCCAUCCGCACCUCAGCUCCGUCCAACUCGGGGAACCAAUCCGCCCCUCGGAGGGAGGAGCGUAAGGAGGAGCGGAGGGAGACACCGCGGGGAGGAGGCCAGGGCAACGCAGGGCGGGGGGGUGGGCGCGGGGGUGGCAACCAGGGGAACUGAGAACGGGGGGGCACUCAUUCCUGCACCUAUAUCCAACCGCUACCAAAGACCCCAAAGCCAAAGUAUAUUCGAGAAAUCCCAUAAUCAAGUCCGUGACGCCAUGAAUCAUCAAGAACCGCUCGAGCCACCACCCCCUUACUCUCGCCUCAGCAGCCCCAGGCCGCCGCCCAUAGACGCACCCCCCGUGUUUGCAUCAGGCCAACCAAACCAGCUUUGGGCUUGGGACUUUUCAAAUUUACCUGACCAGGGCAGCUCCUCUGCCUCGAACCUGUUGGGUGGUAAUGAUACGCUCCCGCUCAAUAAUCCCGACGCUUUUGCCCAUCAAGACAUAUUUGGAGAGCACAACGUCGUCGAACAUGUCGAGGUCGUUGAUUAUCUCAAUAACCCAUUUACGCACCAGCCAGAGCAUGGCAAGGAGAUUGUCGUGGUUAGCCGUUUGAGCCCCAUGUGGCUACAUUGCCACCACAAGGUCUUCCCAGCUUUCUGGAAGUGCAUGACAUGCCCACCCAACGACUGCUUCAGUAGAUGGGAUAUCCACGGAAUGGAGGACCAAGCUCGCAACUACCGCCCGUCCUGCUAUCGAGUUUAUUGCGUAGCCCCGGCCACCCGCCAGAGUGUUCUGGUCAACACGCAAGAGGAGAGCAUCAUGACCCUCGGUGGCCAGAAUCUGAUGGCCAGCCGAGCCGAACAGCCAUUGAUGUGGUGCUGCCACUGCACGGGUUUCAGAAGUCGCGGUGGAGGCCACAACCUGGACUGUGCUCACUGCGCCAACUUCGAGGGGAGCUCAUGCCGGGACUGUGUUGGAUGCAACAAGUUUCUCGAGCCGAUCAAAUUCGGCAACGGCGAUAUGGUCCAGUUUGGCGUCGCGCACCUCCACGCCAGGGAACUGGCAAUUGUGGCAGGAACAGAACCUGCUGACGGCCGGCGUGCUAUGGUGAUGCUGAAGACCGCUUACGGCCUGGAUGACCCCGUCAGGGCCUGGUGGGUGUUUGCCUGCUCAUCUCUAAUCCUUGGCCACUCGCUUUAUAAUCUCGCACUUUCGAAACUCGCUUGUUCGUUAGGUCAUCCUACUGUGGCACCAACGCCGCCGGAACUAACGGGUCACCCCGAUACUAUAGAAUCCAUCCGUCCGUCAAUUGGAGCCCGUCGCUCCGAACAUACCCAAGCUCCUCUUGCCCGCGGCACUGCUCCGACCGAGAUAGUUUCGCCAUCCGGACCGACUGGAAGCUCCCAUUACAACAGCCAUCGACCCGAGGAUGACGACCUCAUAAGUCUCCUGAAUCGGCGCCAUCCACAUCCUGGUCCUCCAGGCCGAGUACCUCUCGACCCUUAG